AUGCAUGAUUAUUUUAAAAAUUUUGAUCAUCUUAAAGACAAAACUAAGGAUAAACUUGAAGAUAAGAAAUACUGUGAAUACGUUUCUGCGAUUGCGUCCCUGUAUAAAGAUUAUUUAAGUGAAUGCUGCACGUAUUUUUUCUUUGGUCAUCAUUGGGAUCAUUGUGCAAACUUUUUUAAAUGUGAUAAAGAUUUAAAUCCUUAUAAAUUACUUAAGGAAUUUAACUGCGGUGGUGAAUUCCUACCUCAAUAUCCAGAAAGUUUAGUACAAUCAUUAAUUAUUGAUCGGAGUGUCAUACUUAGAAGUCGAAAGAUAGGAUGCAGAGGAUUAACAUGUGAUCCUUUUUACAUGACUAUAUUGUUUGCUUUCUUAGUUUUGGGAAUAUUCUAUCUAUCCUUUUUCCUUUACAAAUUUACUCCUUUAGGAUCAAUGGUUAAUAGGAAAGAACGAAAGAAACAGGAAAUGAAUCGUUAUUUUGAGGAAAAGGAUGAACAUAAACCGCCACCUAAAAAGUUGCAACAAGGUCAAGCGAAUGCAUCAAAGAAAAGAAUCAAAAUAGCUUAUAAUCCUACGUGA